AUGAUUGUCUUGUCUGCUACUUGCUACAAACUAUGUGACAACCUUCUUGCUUGCUACACUUUCUUGCUUCUUGCUACUUGCUUUCUUUUCUUCUUUCUUCUUGCUUUCUUGCUUUCUUGCUUACCGAAUCUUGCUAACAUACAACAACUUUCUGCUGUUGCGUCUUUCUUCUCCACCUGCUUGCUAUCUUCGGGAUCACACUAUCACAGCCAGACUGUCAACACCACUCCCUGUAGCCAAGGGCUGCUCCUCCUUUCUCUACACCGACUCUCAAACCUGCAGCUUCAACCCGCUCUGAUACCAAAUGUUGGUUCAGGCCCUGUUUCACACAACAAAAACAGAGUACUUUACCGUUUUCUGGAGUUCGUUAGUAAUUUUGACUGGGAAAACUUUUGUGUUAACUUAUGGGGUCCUGUGCCAGUAAGCUCACUUCCAGAUGUGACUGCUGAGCCACCUCGUAAAGACAGUGGAGAAUUGUUGUUGAACAAAGUAUUUCUUGAUGCUUGUAGCUCUUUGUAUGCUGUUUUUCCUGGUGGUCAGAACAACCAAGGGCAAACUUUUGUUUCCAAACAUUUUAAUGUUAUUGAUCCAUUACGUGUUAGCAAUAAUCUUGGAUGCAGUGUCAGUAAAGGUAUACCGGUGAGUUGUCUGUUGAUGCUGUUACUGAUUGUCCGGUUGGGCUCAGAGGGAAGAGCUAUAUACAAUAACAAAAAUCAGUUCUUUAGAUUGGUUGAGAGAGAAUUACAGCCAUGGAUUGCUAAAGAUGAUGAUGUUGGUGAAGAAAUGUGGAGAGUGAACCAGAGAAUUGUUAGAGCCAUUUUGCAUGCCGGAGGUGCAGGAAGAACAUCAUACAAGCAUUUACAUCCUGUUGUAUCCAUUCAGACUAGGCUUACAGCAAUGGUUGCAAGAAAUGAGUUCAGAAGAAGAAGAAGGAGCACGGCUGCAACUAUAGUUGUGAAUUCUAGCAGAAGAUAUCGUGUAUGUGUUCUUGUGCUAGCUACUGUUGUCGAUUCGGGAACAUCCUAG